AUGGACGAAAUAUUACUAAUAAACGAAGGACUUCGUGUCGGUUUGGACGUUGAUUACAAUGAGUUUUUCCAUCCGAACGUUUGUCACGUAUGCAAGUGGACGAACCAAAACUUGUUAACAUAUUGCGACCGAUGUUACAUGAUCUCUUACUGCAGCGAGGACCAUAAAAUGCAGGACAAGCCGUACCACGCCGACCUUUGCGCAAUUAUAGCAGAUUUCCAAAAUGACGAUCCACGUUUCUUCAAUAGGAGUUAUAGCGACAAGAAUUGGAUGCGAACGCGGGAGGAACUUAUACGAAAAGUCAGGGUAUUACUGGAACGUGAACUAAGGCCGCAUGAAGUGCAAAUGUUCAUGAACCCGAGGAAGUGUUUCGAGUGUCAUCAACGGAUCGUUCACGUCGUGUGUCCGAAAUGUCUUUCCGUUAGCUAUUGCCUUUCUCACAAGCACAAAUUUAACUCGCACCUCGAGACGGAGUGCACUUUCUUCGCAAUCAGUCUCAUCAUAGAUAUUAAGUUUCUUGAACAAUCGGUAUGGGAAUCAGUACGCGUCGAUUUCUCCACAUUUCCCGAUAAAAGAAAGCAUUUCAACGACAUAGAAUCAUUUUGUAAUCAAUAUUACUCGAAAAAGAAGGAACAUACAAACUGGGAUAUUAAUAAACUCGUCUUUAGCGAUUACGUGUCUGAUCCGUUGACCGUAUACAAUGGAUUGCAGUCUGCAAAGUUGUUUUAUCCGGAAAAGAUAACGGGUACCUUCGUUAUUCAUAUUAUUAGCGCGACCGAUAUAGAAAGGCGAUAUUUCCCAGCCUGGGAACUUUUCUUACAUUUCUUGAGUGCAAAGACAAAAUUGGUAAUUGUAAUGUUAGGGUUAGAAUUACAGCACGAAAUUAAGGAACACAACAUUUGUUCUUGUUGCGAAGAAGCUGAGAAACGAUUAAUUUUUGAAUCUUUUCCUUUAUUGUACCACAAUUACAUGUACAGUACUAAGUAUAGACGACCAAAUGUGAUCGUAGGAUUUCAAGCACGGUUUCAUUAUGGGAAGACAUGGUCGGAAUCUAUAAGAGCAAUACAGUCUCAGAAUUGUCCCUUACUUUUAACCGCUAUAUUGGAAAAUAUAACAGAAGAUAACGUAACUGAGAUAAGAAGAGUUCUGGGCGAUUCCGUAACUCCUGUCCUUCAUGUCGACUGUAAAAAUAAAUUUACUUCUUGUAGACCGUACAGGGAAGUGUUUGGCAGUCUAAUGUUUCGUAACUCACAAUUAAUUAUUUACAAAAAUUUAAAUCACUGA